GUGACGCUCUGCUCCCCGCGCCCGAGGUUGAGGAGCACGAGGUACUUCUCGCCGCUGGCCUCGUCGUGGCGCACGUACGAGUAGUUGUCGUCUGCGUCGGCGUCGAGCGGGAUGAACUUGCCGUAGAUGAGCGCGAGGCGCUCCUUCCGCAGGCGGAGGAGACGGGCAUAGAAGCUCCACACGCUGUCCGGGUCCGCGCGCAGCUUGGCGACGUUCCACUGCGGAUAGUCGUCGUGCACGCGCAUCCAUGGCUCCGAGCUGGAGAAGCCAGCGUACGCGCUCUCGUCCCACUGCAUCGGGGUGCGCGGCGAGUCGCGCCCCGCGCUCCGGAUAUCGCGCCACACGCGCGCCAUGUGCUCCUUGCGCUGCUCGGGCGUGGCCCCCAGCCGGUCAAGGUACGCGCGCUCGCCUUCGAGCCGCUGCGUCGCCUCGAUGUCCUUGUACUCGCUCUCGGGCCAGUCGGCGGGCAUGUUCACCUGCCCCGUCUCCUGGCCCUGGUAGAGGAAGAGCGUGCCAGUCAACGUGAUGUGCAGCAGGGCGACGAGCUUGGCGGAUUUGUUGCGCAGGUCGCCCUCCGAGCCAACGCGGGACACGAACCGCGGCUGGUCGUGGUUCUCGAUAUAGUUGGCAAACCAGCCUCCAAGCGCAGGCAGCUCCACAUGCCACUGGUUGUACAGCUUCUUCAGGUCGCUCAGCACCCAGUCGGGCUUGUACCGCCGCUCGGCGCCGUCGCGGUCAAAGUACUGGUGGUGGAAGUUGAAGACCAUCUGGAACUCGUGGUUCUCGGGGCGGGAGUAGGCCGCGAACGACUCGGGCGAGUCCUUGCCUGGGCAUUCGCCGACGCUAGGUGUGGCGUCAGCUCCACCCGGCCGGCACGGCGCGCGUCCCCUCGGCCGCACACCACUCACCAGAACGCAUCGUAGUGCGACAACACCUCAGUGUACAUCUCCUUGAGGUAAGUGUGCACCUCGGGCCGGUUAACCGCCAGCCCGCCGGCGAACUGGAACUCCUUGGUGGGAUCCGUGACCGGCGCGUCGGGGAAGCCCGGCGCCUUGGCGAUAAAGUUGAUCACGUCGCAGCGGAACCCGUCACACCCGCGGUCGAGCCACCACCGCAUCAUGUCGUACACUGCACGCCGGAGGCCGGGGCUCGUCCAGUUGAGGUCGGGCUGCUCCUUGAGGAACAGGUGGAGGUAGUACUCCUGGCUUGCCUCGUCCCACGCCCAUGCCGAGCCGCUGCCGAACCGGCUGCGCCAGUUGUUCGGCGGCUGGCGUACGCCGUCCACCACCUUGCCCGGGUGCCAGUAGUACCAGUCCCUCUUCGGGUCCGUCUUGCUGCGCCGGCUCUCCUUGAACCACUGGUGCUGGUCGCUCGAGUGGUUGACCACCAGGUCCAUGACGAGCUUCAUCCCGCGCGCAUGGCACGCGUCGCGCACCGCGUCCCAGUCCUCGAGCGUGCCGUACCGCGGGUCAAUUGCCUGGUAGUCGCUGAUGUCGUACCCCAUGUCUGCCUGCGGGGACGCGUACACCGGCGAGAGCCACACAAUGUCGAUGCCCAGGUCGUGCAGGUACGGCACUUGCGACGCGAUGCCGCGCAAAGUGCCGUGCCCGUUCGCGGCGUGGUCCUUGAACGAUGCCUGCGGGGCGAGCGUCAGCGAGCGCGCGGGGAAGGCGUGAUCCACGGGGCGGAGCGACUUACAGGAUAGACUGGGGCGUCAGCGAUGAACGCUCAGAGCCAACGGCCUACUCACUCUGGUACACAUUCGCCUCCUUCCACCACUUGCGCUGCUGCGGUGCGACGGUCAUGAUGCCUGUUCUCUACGUGUCAAGCAAGGCGGCGCCCUCCACUUCGCCAUCGACGCGAAAACGGAGCACUGUGCUCCGCGCAGGACUGCCAAGCGAGCUGCUGGAGGAGUGUUACGCGCUGGCUGUGGGCCGAGAACAGCAAGAUCGGAGUCGCGCCGAGGUGGAGUACGAGCGCAGGCGACGUGGGCGGGGUUAGUGCCGCUCGGGGUGCGGGCCGAGUUUAUGCCGACGGAGCAAGCGCAGGCAGGCUGCGGUGAACAUUGUGAAUCCUUGCCCUGCUGCUUGCCCUCCUGCUUGCCCUCCUGCUUGCCCUGCUGCUCGCCCUGCUGC